AAAAUAAUGAUAACAAUUCACAUUAUCAAAGUAUAAACAAUUCAUCACCCUUUAAACUUUAAAUGCCGAUGAAUUUAUUUUAAUUCGAUUAAACGAAGAAACUUCAGAAUGACGACCUUAAACGAAGGCAAUGUUCAGCAAAAUGAUGAUGACCAAAUCAUAGAGACUUUCAAACAGUCUAUUGCACCUGGAGCGUCGGAAUUCGCUUUAGCUAUGGCAAAGUUACUCUACAAAGAGAGCAGUGGUAAAAAUGUGAUAUUUUCACCGAUCAACAUUUACUCAGCUUUGGCCUUGGUGCUUUUAGGAGCUGAUGGUGGAACGUUAGAUGAAAUAAUUGCCUUGAUGGGUCUUCAACGAGGAAAAAAUAACGAAGAAACACAUCAAGUCCACAAAAUUCUCGGUAAAGUACUGGAAGCCAUAGAAAACACGACGGAUUUUUCCAUUUACACGGAAGAAGGUGAAAAAAACGUUAAAGCCAUUAUUAAAAUAACCAACGGAGUAUUCGUACAAGAGAAUAUCAGCCUCGUUCAAUCGUAUGUGACUCAGGCUCAAUUAUUGUACAAAAGCGGAAUUUCAAAUGUGAAUUUUCGUGAAAAUUCGGUCAAAGCUACCGAAAUCAUAAACGAAUUUAUUUCGGAAAGCACCCAAAAAAGAAUACCACGAUUAUUUGAAGAACCCCUAGAUAGUGCCACGCGCAUUGUUCUGGCAUCUUGCGUAUAUUUCAAAGCGACUUGGAGCGAACAAUUCACCGAAAGUUCAACUAAAGACGAGAACUUCAACACCGGAUCCGGAAAUGUGCUCGUAAAAAUGAUGCAUUUCACCGAAGACAUCCUAUACGUCGAUUUGCCCCAGCUUCACCUCGAAGCAGUCUCUUUAUAUUACAAAGGCUACGACGUAUCCAUGAUCGUGCUUCUCCCCAAACCUGAAAAAACAUUAAACGAUAUAAUUUCAUCUCUACGUGUCGAAGAUUUACAACUAAUCACUGAUCAAUCUACAUCCGCCAACGUUGACCUUAAAUUGCCUCGUAUGAAAUUCAAAUGGACAUCAGACAUAGAAGACUACCUCACUCAACUCGGUCUAAAACAAGUUUUCAGCGACCAAUCUCAACUAACUAAAAUGGUAUCAGUCCCGAUGAAAAUUUCCAAAGUUACCCAUGCAGCUGAAAUUGAAGUGGAUGAAAAUGGAACCGAGGCGAGUGCUGCCACCGUGGUCCAGGCGGUUUGUUAUUGCUCGCUCAGCAUGCCUAAACCGAGGAAACAAUUUCACGUCAAUCGACCGUUUCUUUUUUAUAUUCAUCACCGGAAUACGAAAUCUAUAUUAUUUUUUGGGGCAGUUCACAAUCCUCAGCAGUCUAUAGCACCAGGAGCUUCAGAAUUCGCUUUAUCCAUGGCAAAGUUACUUUACAAUCAGAGCGUUGGAAAAAAUGUCGUAUUUUCACCGAUUAACAUUUACUCGGCUUUGGCCUUGGUGCUCUUAGGAGCUGAUGGUGACACUUUUGAAGAAAUAGCUAAGCUGAUGGGACUUCCAGCACGAGGAAAAAAAGACGAAGAAGUACACAAAAUUCUCAGUAAAGUACUAGAAGCCAUAGAAAACACAUCGGAUAUUCUCGUUUAUACGGAAGAAGAGGAAGGUGAAAGAAACCUUAAAGCCAUUAUUAAUGUAACAAAUGGAGUAUUCGUACACGAAAACGUCAGCCUAAUUCAAUCGUACGUGACUCAAGCUCGAUCAUUCUACAAAAGUGAAAUUUCCAAUGUGGAUUUUUGUAAUAAUUCGGCUAAAGCUACUGAUACCAUAAACGAAUUCAUCUCGAAACGUACCCAACAAAGAAUACCCCGAUUACUCGAAAAACCAGUGGAUACUGCCACGCGUAUCGUUCUCGCAUCUUGCGUCUAUUUCAAAGCGACUUGGAACAACCAAUUCAAAAAAAAUGCAACCAGCGAAGAAAACUUCGACACCGGAUCAGAAAAAGUGCUCGUCAAAAUGAUGCAGUUUGAAAAAGAAGUACCAUACAUCGAUUUGCCUAAUUUACAUCUCGAAGCAGUUUCAUUGGAUUACAAAGGCAACGACGUAUCUAUGAUCGUAAUCCUCCCGAAACCUGAAAAAACAAUAAACGAUAUCGUUUCAUCUUUACGAGUCGAAGAUUUACAACUGAUCGCCGACCAAUCGACAUCCACAAAUAUUGAUUUAAAAUUACCUCGUAUGAAAUUCAGUUGGAAAUCGAAUAUAAACGACUAUCUCGUCCAACUUGGUUUGGAAAAAGCUUUCACCGAUGAGUGUCAAUUGACCAAUAUGGUAACUGGAAUCCCGGUGAAUAUUUCCAGGGUUACUCAUGCAGCAGAAAUCGAAGUUGAUGAAGAUGGAACCGAGGCGACUGCAGCGACUGUAUUUGAGAUCACGAUGCGCUGCUGUAUUGAUCCUGACACACCAAUACCAUUUCAUGUUAAUCGACCAUUUAUUUUUUACAUUUAUCAUCGAAAAACUAAUACUGUAUUAUUUUUGGGUACGGUUCAUAAUCCGCAGGAGGUAUAGGAAGUGAUUAGAGAGUAAAGUAGGGCAAAAAAAAUCAGUUACCCAUUUAAAGAAGACAUUUGGUUACCGAAAUGAAGUGAAUAGUGAAUUUUCACUACAUGAAUGAGCUUUUCAAAUUUUUUCAAAAACUCUGUUGACUUUUUUUUUUUAUUAUAACUUCAUUGUUUUUGUGCCCUAUUCCAAAUAUCACCUACUCACCCCUUCCAUAAUUAUUUUAUUACGCUUAUUACCUUAUAUUAUUGCUGUGCAAUUGUGCAUUUAUUUUUUUACUGAUGCUUUAUUAUACCAAAGUAAUAUUUAAGUUUUAUCUUCUGAGAAUUAAAAUACACGUGCCUAGCAGAUAA